AUGCCGAUUAAAUUUCCAAAAGGCUUUGCGCGUCGAAAGUCGUCAGGCAAUGCGCUGGAGGAGGUGCAGGCUCCGGUAGAGCCCUCCUUUCGAGUGUUCGAGCGCCCGCAAGGAGGGAGCAAGUCGUUCGACGGCACUACCGCUUUGAACCGCCUGAGCGGGCCCCAGAGGAACGCCUCUCUGGACGAUCCUUAUCCGGACAACAUUUUUGCCGGCAUAGAAAGGCCCCCCAGUGUCCACCACUAUGCCCAAGAAAAUCAUCCGCCGAGGCCCCGAGCUGGAAAGCUGACUGGCUCGACUGGGAGUGGAGGCACAAACAACUCGUCGUCGCCCGGCAGAUUGUACGAUAGCUCGUCGUCAGCGAAAUUCAGCUCGUCGUCCACCUUACCAUCCGACAAUUCUGCCCACGAUAUUCCAAUCCCUCCGAUCCCCGAAUCCUCCUUUGCCUCUGCCUGGCGUGCUGCGGGAAGGACAUUCUCGUUCGGCGGCAGACCUCCCAAGAUCGUCCCUCCGAACCCAAGCACCCCGCGACAGAGUCAGUCUACCACAAGAGAACGCGCAUUAACAGGAAGUACGAAUAGCACUGCCACUCCACCGAGGCUCUUAGAUUCGGAUCUGAAUUUAGACAUGUCGGAUGAUUUCUCGAAUAUUUUUGAAGGGUUUGAGAAGAGGAAGAGUCAGACUACUCUUGACUCGAAACCGUCGCCUACGUCGGCACCGAGACAGCUUACCCCCUUAGAACGACCCGAAGUACCGCGAAAAGGCAAACAGGGAGAUAAUGCUGCUUUGCUCUCUCCUAUCCGUACAAACCAGCCUACAACUGCAGUGCCAGAGCCAUCCCCUAGCAAUAGCCAGACUUCAGCAGACGGGCUGAUCUCAUCCGGCUCCCCCGAGAGACCCCAAUCAAGUCGCCUUGUCCAGCAAUUCAAUAAACUUCGCUUCUCCGAAGACGACAGCCGGAAUGCUGCUAAUAGUAGUAGGAACCUUACAGCAAGCUCCAGUACCAGCCAGGAUCACAAUUCUCUUAGCUCUAGCAAUGCGACUUUAAUGCCAGAUAGACCUCCAAUGCCGACGGUUACGAUUGAACGUCCCCAUCCUGACCCUGAAGUAUCAUCCAUGUAUGGCAGUGACAAGGAUUUUACCACUGUUCCGCUGAAUUCCCGAAGUCGAAAGCCGAUGUCGGCAGAAUCGAGUAUAAAGCCGGUUAAUUCUAGCUACAAUGACAACUCCCUUACUGUUGAGGCGAGCCUCGCCGCUCGCUAUGAAGAGGUGGCAAUGAAAAAUGACGAAAAGCCGAAUAAAAUAAUGACCCCCGCUCAAUUUGAGCGCUAUAGACAACAACAAGAGCUGAUGCGACGCCCGAGCAAUGCAUCGUCCAUAUUUUCAGAUAACCACAGCGAAGAGGAGGAAGAAGAAGAAGAAGAAGAAGAUGAAGCCGAGAAGAAACGAAAAGCAGCAAACCAACGAAAGAAGCAGGAAGCUCACUUGUCGGUGUAUAGACAGCAGAUGAUGAAGAUUACAGGCGAACAAAUGAAGCUUCCAAAUCUCGAGGCGAAGCGCGAAAGUUUGGAUGCCGCAACCCCAGCCCCAGCGGGAAAUGUGAAUCGCCAGUCAAUUCUAAUGCCGGAGACCUCACCUGGAGCGCAAAGCACUGGUGCCGACGAGGAUGAUGAGGUUCCUCUUGCUAUUCUGGCUGCCCAUGGAUUUCCAAAUAGGAACAGACCUCCGUCUCAGUUGCUUUCUUCCAGUUCGAAUCCCAAUUUGCGAUCUUCAUUCUUGCACACUCCUCCAUCUGUUGCCGGUGACACACCACUCCCAAAACGGAAAACCCUACCCGUUUUCGCGAGAAAUUUGCCCCAGGACCCUUAUUACGGGGCAGGCCUUGUCAACCAAACAAAGAGAGAAUCUCUCGCCAUGGGAGGUGGAUCGCCAUCCGUUUAUGGAGGAUCGGCGCCAAACUUGCCGCCUGGCGGAUUAGUCGGUGUCAUCGCAAAUGAAGAGCGUGCAAGAGCGAUGAGAAGGGGCAGCCCGAAUGCUCAAGCCACCUUCGACAUGCCCAACGCCACUCCUGGGGUGAAUUCUGCCCCCGGUCAAGGCGGUUUAAUCUCACAGAUUGGAGGGGUACCGAUUCCAGGGCCGCAGAUGCCAAUGGUUCCAGGAGACCAGAAUCAGAUCCAAGUAUCCCAACAAAUGACCCAAAUGAUGCAAAUGCAGAUACAAUGGAUGCAGCAGAUGAUGCAGAUGCAAAGUAUGCAGCUUGGUCAACCGAUGCCAGCCAAUAACCCAAACCUUCUCCAGCCUCCUAGUGGUGCCAUGCCACGUCCUAUUUCAAUGUUAUCGAAUUUCAAUACUUUCCCAUCUGCUGCCCCACAGGCAGACCAGCGAACUAUGAGCAUGCUUGACCCAUCCAUGGGCCAAUGGAACAGACGAUCCUCAUUCUUCCCCUCCCCCCAGGAUAUGGGAGCGUCGGGCAACAUGGGCAAUGGCGCAGCAAUGGGAGCACCGGGCUACGCGCCGUCAGUAGCACCCUCGGAGCGAAGCAACGUUGGAACCGCGUCUCGCUAUCGCCCUGUAUCAACAAUACAGCCGCUGCAAAACCGCUCAUCUACCUUCACGUCGUCAACCCCUCGCCCAUGGUUGAACGAGGCGCGGCAUUCGUCGUUUAUAUCCCCCAGCCCGCAGGCUAGACAGCAGCCGCUGAAUAGCACAAUCAGGCCGGUGAGCGGGCUGGUUUCGUCGGCAAAGAAUGCUAAUGAAGAUGACGAUGACGAGAAAGGGUGGGCGGAGAUGGCGAAGGCGAGGGAGAAGAAUAAGAGUGGUUGGCGGUUUAAAAAGGGGUCGUCUAGUUUGGGAGAUUUGUUCCAUACAAACAAGUUCUGA